CCCCCACAACAGCCUUGGGAAUGGGAUGUGGAGUCGCAGCACCUGGCCUCCUUCCAGCCCGCGCCCCUCUUUGACCAAGCGGCCGAGAGAGAGAUCUACCCGACGGCCGAGAUCUCCCUCUGGACGGUGGUGGCCGCCAUCCAGGCGGUGGAGAGGAAGGUCGACUCCUACGCCACCCGGCUGCUGAACCUGGAGGGCAGGACGGCCACCGCCGAGAAGAAGAUCUUUGAGUGCGAGAAGACGGAGCUGGAGUUCAGCAACCACCUGGCGGCCCUGGGGACCCUGAUCCAGGAGUACGGGCUGCUCCAGCGGAGGCUGGAGAACAUGGAGAACCUGCUCAAGAACCGGAACUUCUGGAUCCUCCGUCUCCCUCCGGGCCCCAAGGGGGAAGCUCCCAAGGUCCCCGUGACUUUCAAUGACAACGCGGUGAAUUUCUCUACUCAAGAGUGGGCCAACCUGGAGGAGUGGCAGAAGGAACUUUACAAAAACAUCACAAAAGGACACUUCGAACCCUUGAUCUCCCUGGACGCUGCCAUUUCCAGAGGGGAGGUUCCGCCCCAGACGGAGCCAGCAGAACUUCCCCGCGUCGCGGAUCAGGAGUUUGUGGGAGAAAAGGGCUUCCCUCCAGAACCUAGGACAGAAACCGAGGACUUGGCGUGCAAGGAGGACCUCUUGUCCUGGAUCAAGCGAGAAGAGCCCCCAGGCAAAGCCAAGUGGGAGCUGGAGCGGGAGAUCCCCACGGCUGCCGGCUAUGAUGAUGGUGCGAUGAUUAAAAGUGAGGCGCAGAACCUGCGAGGAAGCCAGAAGCCUGCCUUGCCCGAUAAGGGGAUGCUGCCGGCUGGAUUACACGCGGGCGGAGACACCUUCCAGGUCCCUAAGCCGGAAGCCAGUUGCGAGAGGCUAGGCUGCCCCCAGGGACUGCAACCCGCCUAUCCCGUGCCAAGGCCAGAGGAGCCACCCCAGAACGAGCGGGGCUGCCAGCAACUCGGGUCCACCCGGCCAGAGGACUCUUUCCGCUGCGUCAAGUGCCAGGAAGGGUUUGCCUGUGAGCAGCAGUUCUCUCUGCAUCAGAGGAUCCACACAGGAGAGGACAUCGUGUACGGGCGGGGGAUUGCGCCGGCCGCAGACCCUGGUGCCCAGCCCAACCCAGGUCCUUACUCGUGCGUAGACUACAAGAGCGACUUUAGCGAUCCGCCCUUCUCCCAAGCGGCGGGGCGGCCCUACGCCUGCUCCCUCUGCCCCAAGAGUUUCCGGCUCAAAACCAGCUUGCUGAUCCACCAGAAAACCCACACGAUGGGGAAAAGCGACAGUGCCUUUGUUUGCCCCGAGUGUGGCUGUGGCUUCAGCCACCAGGGGCAGCUCACGCGGCACCAGGCCGUCCACGCCGACCGGCCCCACCAGUGCGCCGAGUGCCACAAGGCCUUCAACCGCAAGUCCAGCCUGAUGGUCCACCAGAAGACGCACCGGGAGCGGCCCCGGCCCUUCCAAUGCCCGCAGUGCAGCAAGACCUUUAUCCGCAAGCAGCACCUGGACGACCACACCCGGACCCACACGGGGGAGAAGCCCUACCAGUGCCCUGAGUGCGAGAAGCGCUUUGCCGAAAAGUCCAAGCUGACCAACCACUACCGGAUCCACACUGGGGAGCGGCCCUAUCGCUGCGGGCAGUGCGACAAGCGCUUCGUGCGAGCGCACCACCUGGUGAAGCACCAGAGCAGCGUCCACCAGGCGGGGGCCAAGCUCUACUCAUGCCAGGAGUGCGGGCAGAGCUUCGCCCACGCCCAGGCCUUCCUCAGCCACCAAGCCAGCCACGCCAACGGGGAGAAGCGCCACCGCUGCUCCGAGUGCCUCAAGACCUUCGCCCGCCGGAAGUACUUGCUGGAGCACCAGCGCAUGCACACGGGGGAGAACCCUUAUUCGUGCCCCCACUGCGGCAAGCGCUUCCGCUACAAGCAGUCCCUCAAGCACCACCUGCGCAUGCACGGGGAGCCACCGCCACCGCCACAGCAGCAGCCCACGCCAGGCCCUGUGCUGCCACCCGCCGUCAGCAGCCCCGCAGAAAAAAACUCGCUCUUCCCCGCCAGCCUUGGCAGUGGAACCUGAGGAGGAGGAGGAGGAGGGCCCGGGGAAGAGCGGCGCUCCUUGGCGAGCCACGCAGGUGGGCUGUGACACUGGGAGUGGCUGGACGCAGAGCACGACUUGAGCACGGACGCCCCGGGAGUGGCUGGAUGCCGAUGGAGACGCU